AUGAGCACAGACUUACCAAGCUCCGGGUCCUCUGGGGAGCCUGGCAGGAAAGGAUCCGUCAAGCGGGCCAGACAGAUGCUGGAUGCCGGCGUGCGUCCAGAACGAACCUCGCCACCCCAGCAGAUGAGACAUCCGCCUAUCCCUGGAGAUAUCUCCAAUCAAUCACAAUGGCCUCUUCCUGAUUCGGGUCUCCCACCGCAUCCGAUCAAUCAACGUCCUGGAUACUUCUCUCCCCAAGGUCCUCCGCGAGGUCCUCCACGUGGUCCUCCUCGUGGUCCUCCUCGUGGCCCUCCACCUCAACCUCAGAGACCACCUCAUCCGAGUGAAAUCCAGUCCAGUUACUCAGAAGGGUAUGGCCAAGUCUCAGAAAGGAACAUGGGUCCGAACCCAAGACCUCCCCGUUCCUUUUCACAACUGCAGCCGCCUCCGCUAGUGCAGUCGCGCCGGCCGGUAAAUGAUGCCCCUGCCAGUCCCACCAGCACAAUCGACAUGACUCCUCGAAUAUCAAUUGCAACAGAUGAUUUGUUCCGACAGUCUGUGGCUUCUGAGACGCCAUCUGUUCCCGAUGUGCCUCGAUUCCCGCCUACUGUUCCGCCGACCGAGUCCGGUCUUUCUCGGGAUGACCCCAGAAGCCGGACUGCAGGUCUUGUGGCACCGCCUAAUGUGCGACGGCCUCCCCAGGCUCGCCAAUCAUCGGUUUCGCCCAUCCCAGAAGAAUUCGCCGACUCUCGCUUUACAAAAUGCUCCGUCGCAUCGAGCCGAGCCAUCCCCUCUAGCUGGGGAUCCGGCCCUGCUGAAUCUGAGAUUCUGGGGGCAUAUCUCGACAUAGACUCAGACGAUGGCCAACGCUCACCAGGCUUCCAAGAGGAUGAUACAAGACUUGUUCGAAAUGCCAGUAUUGGAAAGCGAGGAAAGCCGACGAUGCGUACCAUCCUGAAGUCUAACCCUGUUUCCGUUGUAGACAUGCCAGCACCCCAAGAUUCCGCCAAGGGCACAGCAGUACGAUCUUUGGGAACGGGAGCUACUGCAAGCCAGAUGCCCCAUCAACCAAGCCAAUUACGAAAGUCGUCUACUUCUACAGCAUCGAAUGAAUCACUGGAAGGCGCAGACCCUGAAAAACCACCCAUUAUCCACCAGUAUGACUCGCCCUCCGAUGCACGGCUCGAAAAAGAGCUUGAGGCCUUGGGAGACCUGCCUCAAGCUGCACCAACAAUGAGUGACAAAAGGCCUGGCGGUCGCAAGCCUCCUGCUCUGAACAUGCAUGCGUUGCGGGAUGCAGAGGCUCGUGGGAGUCUUUCCAGCCUAAGUGAUUUGAUUCGGAGGGCAACAAAGCUCGCAUCGAACCUGGAUCAUGGAAGAACCGCCAGCCGAGCUGAUCUGGCUGGUGGUGGUGAGGCAGAGUUCAGGGCUAUGGGAAACCGAAAACGCAACUCCGGCUCUCUAUCGGACAUGCUCGCCUCCUUCCCCCCGCCGGGUUUGGCGACGCCCGAAGGCCGCGCCUCAUGGCCCGUUUUCUUUGGACGCUCUAACUUGCGUAAUGUUGAGCAGCUUAACUCCAAUGAUGACGACCCGAAUGCUCCCCGACGCAGGAAGAUGUGCUGUGGAAUUCCUCGAAAGUUUUUCAUACUCAUCUGCAUCGCCAUCUUCAUCGUCGUCGUUCUCGCCGUUCUUCUCCCCGUGUUCCUUGUCGCCGUGCCCCGCGAGAAAGCGAACUCGCCCUGUGCUGAAAAGAACCCUUGUGAGAAUGGAGGUGUGAGUGUCUCAGGCGGCACCCAAUGUUCAUGUGUUUGUUCGAACGGUUAUACCGGCUCACAAUGCAAUAUUGCGGACGAUGGUAGCUGCACCACCUCCCUGAUCAAUAACGGAUCGAACGCGACCAUGGGCAGUGCACUCCCUGCUCUGUUCGAGGAAUCCAAGAAGAAAUUCGACAUUACCCUCGACCCAGUCACCAUCAUGGCUCUUUUCAGCAUGAACGACGUCUCCUGUAAGACCGAAAACGCGCUCGUGGCUUUCACCGAUGUCACAACCGACAACACAAGCAAGACCCGCCGAUCUGUGCAGUCAAUCGCCGACUCGAUCCCAUCCGUCUCCAAAACCCACCCAACACCAGUCCUAGCUGUCCGUUCCGAGGCCACUCUGAACGGUAUUCUAUACGAUGACUCGGUACCAAGCAAGUCAACUACCACAUCGGAACCCACUCAAACCGAGUCAGCGACUAGCGCCUCCGCUACCAAGAUCAGCUUUGAAUCCAAGUCCGAGGCAAAGGCGCCCACCGCUACCGGCGUUCCUAAGAACGUUGUCGAGUUCUCUCGAAUUGCGGUGCUGUAUAUUCUGCAGAAGACCGGCUCGCUUGACUCGGCUCUGUCCUCGGAGGAGAACAUCCAAGGAUACCUGGUCGAUUCCUAUACAAACGCAACUCACCCUUCCAUGAAGGUGGGGGCGUUUGAUGUGGAUUUUGAGAAAUUGACCAUCACGCUUCCCAAUAGCACGGUGAAGGCUCAGUGA